CUCGAGGCCUCUCCCGUCCGUGUGUCACAGCCGAGUCGUAGAUGCCUAGGCUGAGUGUCAGCGACUCCUACGCUGCUCCAGAAGAGCCCUGGUCUUUGUGGCUCCAGGGUUUCUUCCCCAUUGACAUCAAGCACUCCAGUCCUCAAGGAGGAAGGGUCGUGUGGGAAGGGAUAGACCCUUAACACAGACCAAGGAUAGUAGGAGGCAGGGAAUAAGGAAUAAGGGGAGUGAUUUUAGGGGGUGUGACUCUCCCCAACCCCCAUAUCCUCCUAAUGUGCUCUCUGUCCGGAACAGAUCUGGGUCCCUUUCCAAACACUCCUGAUGCCUCAUUUGACUCUGGCCUCUUUUCGACCACCACUUUGGGGGCUGAGGUCCUCACGGAGCCUCCCCAGGUCCCAUCCCCUUUCUACACAGCCAGAGCCCUAUGGAUCUCCCAUCUCCCGGAGGAACCGAGAAGCCAAACAGAAGCGCCUGCGAGAGAAGCAGGCGGCGCUGAAGGCUGGAAUAGCCGGGAAGAGCAAGUCCCUUGCAGAAUCUAGUAAGGCCUGGAGUCCUAAGGAGAUAAUAUUGUAUGAAAUCCCUACAGAACCUGGUGAAAAGAAAGAUGUCUCUGGGCCCCUGCCUCCUGCAUACAGCCCCCGAUAUGUUGAAGCUGCCUGGUACCCGUGGUGGGUGCGAGAGGGUUUUUUCAAACCAGAAUAUCAG